AUGCGCCACAAGAUCCAAUCCUUUGAGCAAAGGCGAGAUGAGUCACUCUUCGAGGCUUGGGAUCGGUUUAAAGAGUACCAAAGGGAAUGCCCCCAUCACGGGAUUCCUAAAUGGUUGUUGUUUCAAACAUUCUACUUGGGGUUGAGCCCGAUCUCAAAGACAAGCCUUGAUGCGGGCGCGGGAGGCCCUAUCAUGAACAAAACUGAAGACCAAAUUGAGGAUAUCAUUGAGGAUGUGGUCCAAAAUUAUCAAUCAUGGCACGUAGGUGCAAGGGACAAUGAUGUUAAGGGAAAGAAUGAUGAUGGCAAAGGUUCGGUGUAUGCCUUAGAGCAAGCACGGAUGACAGAGAAGCUUACCUCGUGCUUGGAGAAGCUCGAGAACACACCAAGCCAACCGCCAUCACCAUCUACAAUCCCACCUCCUUCGGCCACUCUUCUCAAUAAUGGGAAGGGAAAGGGUAGUUCUUAUGAUACAAUGCCUCCAGGCACCUCCUUUUGCGAAAAUUGCCAAAACAAUAGUCAUUCCCCCAAUACAUGCCCCUUAGUUCAUAACUUGUCAUUUGUGGAUUAUGGCCCUUCAUAUGAAGGAGCGUUUGAUGUAGAUCUCCCACCCCAAAGUCAUACUCCAAGGCAACUGAAUGCCAUACUGAAAAGGAGUGGGAAAAUCUUAGAUGAUGUUCCUCGAGCUAGUAAGGUUUCUAAGCCUAAUGGGAAGGAUCAAGGGGGAGUCAUUGAGUCUAGUGACAAUGAUGUGGUAGAAGAGGAGCAUCCCAUCAAUGAUAUAGGUGAAACUCCUAUACCAAAGGAGGCAACUCUCCUACCUCUCCCCACUCCUAAACUUCCCUAUCCCCAAAUAUUCAUAAGGCACAAGUUGGACGUGGAAUUCGCAAAAUUUCUUGUGAUUCUUCGACAAUUGUAUGUCACUAUCGCCUUUACGGAUGCUUUGAAACAAAUGCCUUCUUAUACGAGAUUUCUCAAGGAAAUCUUGAGUGGGAAGCGAGAUCUUGACGUAAAGGAGACGGUGAACCUCACCGAGAAUUGUAGUGCUAUCAUUCUUAACAAAACGCCACCCAAACACAAAGACCCGGGAAGUUUUUCUAUCCCUUUUGCUAUUAAGGAGCUUGAAAUAAGCAAUGCCAUGUGUUAUUUGGGUGCUAGCAUUAGUAUACUACCUUAUUCGGUGUUUGCCAAGCUUGACAUUGGAGAUCUUGUCCCAACCAACAUCACCUUGCAACUUGCCGACCGUUCAGUCAAGUAUCCUAUUGGCAAGGUUGAGGAUGUUCCCCUAGUGGUUGGCGAGCUUACUUUCCUUGUGGAUUUCGUCGUCUUGGAUAUUGAUGAGGAUGCCCAUACCCCCAUUAUCUUGGGGAGGCCAUUUUUGGCCACCGCGGGUGCUCUUAUCGAUGUGCAAGAAGGACUAAUCACUUUGAAAGCGGGAGACGCCAAGGCUAGUUUCAAGCUUGCAUUGAUGAACAUUGUUGCUCUAAAAUGA